AUGCCAACAUUGGAUCGACUGUGCGUCAGCUGUAAUCUCUCCAUCGAUGAUCCGUAUUAUUUAAUGAUUGCUGACCAAACUUGGCAUUUAUCUUGCUUGAAAUGCUUUAUUUGUGGACUAGGGCUUGAAGAAGAACAAACUUGUUUUGUUAAACAGGGGCAAAUUCUUUGUAAAGAUGAUUAUAUGAAGUGUAUCAAUAUGAGAAAGUCUUCGUCUCAAACCUGUGCACGAUGUCAACAUUUGAUUCAACCUGAUGAUACCAUUCUUCGUGCUGAACAAUACGUUUUUCAUAUCGAUUGUUUGACGUGCAUAGUGUGUGAUAUGCAUCUACACUCAGGCGAUGAAUUUGGGAUUCGAGAGAAUAUGAUAUAUUGUCGAGAUCAUUUUCUCGAACAAAAUAGUUCGAAGUUUCAUGAUGAUUCAGGUUAUCAAACAUCACCGAGUGAAACGUAUAAAUCGAAAAAGUUUCAGUAUGAAACCUUUUCAUGCUCAUCGUAUUUUGUUGAGUCCGAUGACAAUCAAUCGGAUAAAUCAUAUUAUGGAAAGCAAAAACGUCUUCGAACCAGUUUUAAGCAUCACCAAUUACGCUUCAUGCGAUCAUAUUUCAACAUUAAUCAUAAUCCAGAUGCAAAAGAUCUAAAGAAUCUUUCGGAAAAAACGAAUUUACCCAAACGUGUUCUUCAAGUCUGGUUCCAAAAUGCUCGAGCAAAAUAUCGUCGAAGUCAUAUCUUAUCCAACGAUAAUCAAACGACUUUUCACCAAUCAGAAACGUGUUCUUCAUCAACAUAA